AUGAACAAGAGAAACAAAAGUACAAGAUACCAAAAAGUAGAUACAACACCAUUUCCGCCUAUUCCACCGAUGCAGUGGCUGUCAGAAAAAGUCCAUACAGGGACUAGAGCUGCAUCUCCUAAACAUAGAGCACUUGGGGAAAAAUCACUGGAGGUGGGCCGUGCAGAUAGGAUCAAAGAUGCUUUGCACUCAGUCAGAACGCAGGUUGCUGAAACCAUUCAGGCAAGAAGCCAAGGAACAUUAGUUUCUAGUGAGAAUGUUAAUGCCAAUGUCUCUUACAGAGACGAAACAAAAUGCUCUGAAUCUGAAGAAACGAGACAUUCGCAGCCAUACCGAGUCAGAGAAGAUGUUGUACAGGCUUCAGAAGGCAUUGCUCUCAAGGUUGGAGAGUUUCCUGUGCCUGCAAUACUUUACCUACGGACGCAGGAACAAGCAGACACAUGUUUCCAACAUGAAGGCAGAUAA